CCGGGAGCCCACAGCUGCUGCUACAGUGUGACCAAAAUUAGCCAACACAAUGGUGAAGAUCAUUUUCUACGAGGAUAGAAACUUUCAGGGCCGCUCCUAUGAGUGCAGCAGCGAGUGCUCGGACCUGCACUCCCACUUCAGCCGCUGCAACUCCAUCAAGGUGGACAGUGGAGCUUGGAUGGUCUACGAGAAAAACAACUACAUGGGCUACCAGUACUUUCUGACAAAGGGCGACUAUCCAGACUACCAACGCUGGAUGGGAUUCAACGACUGUGUUCGAUCCUGCCGCGUGAUUACCAUGCACAAAGGGUCUCAUAAGAUGACGAUCUACGAGCGCCCAGACUUUGGACGGACCAUGAUGGAGCUGACUGAUGACUGCCCUUCUCUGUAUGAGCGCUUCCAUUUUAACGAUGUGCACUCCUGCAACGUGACAGAAGGCAACUGGCUCUUCUACGAGCAUCCUCACUACAGGGGGCGCCAGUUCCUGCUGCUCCAGGGCCAGUACAGGAGGUUUCAUGAGUGGGGAAGCUUGAGCCCCAGGGUGGGAUCAGUCAGGCGUAUCACAAUGUGAAAGACGGGAUGUGCAAAAUGUUGUGUAUGUAAGAUACUACAAAUAAAGUCAAUUAAACCAUUCAAAUGCU